UGUGCUGCUGUGCAAAGCUCCUGGAAAAAUAACCAGAGAUUCUUGUAUAUGCAGAGCAUAGAAACAGGCAAGCCGUGCUCACUGAUCAUAACAGCUCUCAUCAUUCAUAGGGAACUAGAUAACACAGACUGUGCCUCCCAUCCCUGGGCUGAAGGUCUUAGGAUAUCUGGGUGUUAGGAUAUCUGGGCAUCUCUCUGACUAUUGGAUUUACAGUAACAACCUAGUUCCAUAUGAGGAAUUUUCAGACAAGGUCAAUUUCAGCCUUUCGCUUGGCAGGUUCCGACUGAAGGUUUAGAAAUUCAGGAUCUUCACUGAAUCCAAAACAAUUAGGGCUUGCAACAUUCAACACCUCUGCCUGGGACACCUUGUCAAAGGAAAGAUAUUCCAUGGGGACUGUACCAGAUCCUCAAGGGUCUGCCAAAAGCACAUUGGUAACCUCUCCUGUGGAGAAAGAUUGUUCUGCAUCUGAUACAUUUCAACUUACCCAAGGAGCCUUAGAAAACAAUGGCAGUGGUAUUUCGGAGACUUGCCCUGUUAAUAUAAUUUGCAGCAGCAAUAUGGCAAGUGAACAAGAAAGACAGGAAUCAGGCAAUGGAAUCACUUCCUUUAGGACUUGUAAUGAAUUAGUAGUAUUGUCUCCAUUAGUACCACAAGCCAUAAAGGACUGUACUCAGCCUAUCUCCACAAUAAAUAAUACAUAUCUUUCCACUGAUGGGAAUGCAGUAUCAUACAGUAAAGCACAGUUGUCUUUGUUAGAUGAUAAAACAGAUAAUGAUGAUAUAUCAGCAAAAGAUAGCAGUUUGGUAGCUUCUUCAGUAUCAGUGGAAGCAGAUAUGAAAGUGCAUAGUGAUAUAAAAAACAGAUCAUUAGUUGAAAGUGGAGCAGAUAAAGGACUUGACAACUCAGUUCAGAAGAAGGAAGAAACCCCAUCUUUGCCAACCCACAAAAUAGAAAGCAUAAACAGUGGCCCACAAAUCAUAAGUACUAUUACCCAGUCAGAAAAGGUCACAAAAGCUGAAAGAGAACCUAUAAAUGAAUCAUCUACGAAGUCACAUGAAUGUCAGCAGCUAAGCUUUGUGAAAGAUAAAAUAAAAACAGAGAAUGAAGAAGUAGAAACAGAUCCACUGUUGCCUAGCAGAUUUAAGGAAAUGGGCACAAUGACUUCAUUUAGUCUGGAAAACUGGACAACUCAAGAUGCUGAGGUCCAGGCUGUAGCAAAUGUUGAAAACAAAUCUGUGUCAACCAGUCCAAGCAUCUUAGCUGCAUUUCUAAAGGCAAAUUCUCCAGUCCUCAAAGACAGGCAAGAACAAGUCUGUAUCAUUUAUCAGGGUAACCCUGGUGCCAGCCAGUUGGAACGUGCAAACUUUGCUUUGCAAGCACACCUUUCUCAAAACCAAUUAGCCCCAAAAUUGUGCUUUCAAGCACCAGAUGCACUGAGUUCACAGCCUCUUCAAAUGCAUACUAAAAGCCCAACAGAUUUAGCAAGGCCUGCUUUCCAGCACACAGAAAUUGGAAGAAAUUCCCAGAUAUUGUAUAGAAAUGAAAUAGAUGGGCAAGGGUUGUGUUUUAGAGAAAUGCCACAGAUGCAAAUGGCAAGUCCUUCUCCUAAUUUAAUGAAUGUGAAACCAGUUUACCAAAUCAACAUAGAGAACAGUGCCCAGCUAAAACCUAGGUCAAUGGACAUGUACAGUGAACCGUCACAUUUUAGAGCUCCUGAAAUCAACAACAAAGCCAGGCUUCACCAUUUAAGUGGAGUAGAAAAUAUUCAGUUACAUAACAUCCGUAUAGAUAACGAUCAGACAGAUACUCUUAGUUUUCCUGGAGAUGAUAGCACAGACCGAAAACCUUUUCAUUUUAAAAUUACAAAUGAGCAGGGUUCUACACAAGCUAUUAUAACAACAGAUAUAAAAAAUCCAAAGAAGGAGGAUAAACCUCUGCCUCUUCAUGUGGAAGUGGAAGUAAACACUAUUGGAGCUAGUGGGGGUCAAGCAGAUGAAAUACUUGAAGUCUUGGUUAGAAAGGACCAGGAUGACAACGGACUUGCUAAAAGGUCCAGCAGUUUUAGUUUGCAAUGCAGGCCUGCUUCUGACAUAAGUGCAGCACAGCUAACACCACGCCUCAGAAAAGCCAGAGAAGAAAAAAAUGAACCACUUCUGAUCACCUUAUCUACCUCUGAACAGCCUAAGCCACAUGGCAAGAAAACAACUCCACCAAGUUCAAAUGCUGAAGCAAAAAAUCAAGCAAAACAGGAAAAGAGCGUGAAAGAUGUUGUUUGGGAUGAGCAGGGCAUGACAUGGGAGGUAUAUGGUGCUUCUAUGGACCCAGAGUCAUUAGGCAUUGCUAUUCAAAAUCAUCUUCAAAGACAAAUCAGAGAACAUGAGAAAAUGAUCAGGGCACAACUAAAGCAAAACCGUAAAUCCAUUUGCUCUGAUUCUUCAGGGAAAAAGCACAAAAGAAGGCAACAUAGAGUGUUUCAGUCUAUACUUAAGAACAUUAGACGACCAAACUGCUGUUCCCGUCCUCCCCCUACUUCUGUGGUAGAUUGAGUAUUUUUAAAAUAUUUGUUUUUUUUAAGAAUGUUACAAGUGAAUUUUAUUUACAAAUGUAAUUAAUUAGGAUGAGUAAAACAUCACCCUAAUUUUGCAACGCAAUACACAGUUUUGUUACCUUUGUGAUUGAAUUCCAGAGCACAUUAAACAAUAUAAGCUACUGUUUUCUGUAAACAGCCAUGGGUAGUGGUAGUGGUUUUAUAAAUGAAGACUUUUAUGAUUUUGUAAAUUCCUAUUAAAACAAAAUUAAGAAAUUAAAUGAAAGUGAACAUAUGCCCAUAUUUGUAUAAGAUUAAUAUUACAGUAAAAAUGUAU